AUGUCACCAGCACAGCAGUUGUUUGCUAGUGUUGUAGGGGUUACGCUUUGUUUUUCUAUAACAUGCGUAAAUGCUAAAGAAAAGCGAAUAUUGCUAACUGAUUCGAACGACCUUCAACAGCAGCUCAACAAUAUACAGGCGACACUGCAGCAGUUUGAAGUCGUCAAAUCCCAUGUCGGUGCGCUUCACUCACAACUUACAGCCCAAGACGCACUCAUAAAAUUACUCAUGGCGAAAAAUCAAGACCUUGAAUCUAAGAUUGAAAACGGUGCGGCUUCUGCGAAGGGCACUAUUUACAUACGCUGGGGACGGAAAGAUUGUAAUGGAAACGGAACAGAACUUGUUUAUUCAGGUUUUGCUGGCGGAUCUUUUUAUACCCAUUCUGGAGCUGCUUCCGAUUACAUUUGCCUGCCUCCCGACCCGACGUGGGGGCCACACAAGGACAUGAGAGAAUUCCUGCCGUCUCUGAUGUACGGGGCAGAGUACGAGGACACUGAUUUAUUCGGCAUGCCAAAUAGAAAUGAAGAAGUCCCUUGUGCCGUGUGUCGAACGUCUGCCCACUCUACGUCAAUUAUGAUUCCAGCCCGGACUGAGUGUUACCCGGGAUGGGUGGAGGCAUACCAUGGAAAUCUGGCCGGGAAUUAUUUCGGUAACAUUGCCGGUGGGGAGUACGUGUGUGUUGAUGCGGAUCCAGUUGCGUUGGUGGGUGGAGAUAAUGUCAAUGAUGACGGGAAGUUAUUUUUCCAGGUGAGAACGAGAUGUGGAUCGCUGAAAUGUCCACCCUAUGAAAACAACAAGGUCUUAUCAUGUGUUGUUUGUUUAAAAUAG